AUGGAGGCCAGAGCUCAGAGUGGCAGUGGGUCACAGCCCUUGCUGCAGGCACCCCGUAACAGUGGGAGACAGCGUGGGGAGCCUGACCCUAGAGAAGCCCUCAUCCAGCAGGUACACGUGCUGUCCCUGGAUCAGAUCAGAGCUAUACGAAACACCAAUGAGUACACAGAGGGGCCUACUGUUGUCCCGAGACCUGGCCUCAAGCCUGCUCCUCGCCCCUCUGCUCAGCACAAACACGAGAGACUCCACGGUCUGCCCGAGCACCGCCAGCCUCCCAGGCUCCAGCACCCGCAGGUCCAUUCGACUGCACGAGCGCCUCUGUCCAGGUCCAUCAGCACCGUCAGCUCGGGGUCUCGGAGCAGUACGAGGACAAGUACCAGCAGCAGCUCCUCUGAACAGAGACUGUUGGGACCCUCCUUCUCUGGGCCAAUUGCCGACGGGAUAAUCCGGGUGCAGCCCAAAUCUGAGCUCAAGCCAGGUGAGCUUAAGCCGCUGAGCAAGGAAGAUUUGGGCCUGCACGCCUACAGGUGCGAGGACUGUGGCAAGUGCAAGUGUAAGGAGUGCACCUACCCGCGGACUCUGCCUUCGGACUGGAUCUGCGACAAGCAGUGUCUUUGCUCGGCCCAGAACGUGAUUGACUAUGGGACUUGUGUGUGCUGUGUGAAAGGUCUCUUCUAUCACUGUUCCAACGAUGACGAGGACAACUGUGCUGACAACCCGUGCUCUUGCAGCCAGUCUCACUGUUGUACACGUUGGUCGGCCAUGGGCGUCCUGUCUCUCUUUUUGCCUUGUUUAUGGUGUUACCUUCCAGCCAAGGCUUGCCUGAAGUUGUGCCAGGGGUGUUACGAUCGGGUUAAUAGGCCUGGAUGCCGGUGUAAAAACUCAAACACAGUUUGCUGCAAAGUUCCCACUGUCCCGCCCAGGAACUUUGAGAAACCAACAUAG